CGCCGGGACCCCCAAGCACCAGGCGCCGGGAUGGCCGGCCCCGGGGCCGCCGCGUGGCUCUGCCUCUGGUGGGGCCUGCUGGCCGGACCGGCGGGGACCAUGAACUACCCGCCCCGCUACAGCCUCUACACGGGCGCCGGCCUGCCGUUCGCCGCGCAGGUCCAAGGCGCCGGGCAGGCGGCCAACGCAGGGGCGCGCGUGGCCAGUCGCCACAGGAACUGGUGUGCUUACGUGGUCUCUCGCAGCGUGAGCUGCGUCGUGGAGGAUGGCGUGGACACCUACGUCAAGCCAGACUACCAGCCGUGCGUCUGGGGGCAGCUGCAGUGCCCCCGCGUCAUCACCAGGUACCGAAGCUUCGUUCGCCCUCGCUACAAGGUGGCCUACAAGACUGUCUCGGACAUGGAGUGGCGCUGCUGCCCCGGCUACUCGGGUGACGACUGUGCCGAAGGUGGGGUGCCGCCCACCACCCCCCGCCCACGAACUCAGCCCAUCCGUCCCAACCUCUCCGGCUUCAGCAACACGCUCAGCGGUCUUGGCGGAGAAGGGCACAGGGACUCUGAGAAGGUCCAGCAGCUGGAAGAGAAAGUCCAGAGCCUGAGCAAGCAGCUGCAGGACCUGCAGUCCACCAUGGAGACCAGCAACACCAAACUGGCCGAGGACGUCCGCAGGGCCGUCGAGUCCUCCUUGAAUGGCAAGCAGCCGGCGGAUGCAGCCGCCCACCCGGAAAUGAAGGAGACCCUCAACGAGAUCCAGCGCCACCUGCAGCGCCUCGACAACCGCAUCUCCAACCACGAGAACGGGCAGGGGGUGGCACAGGGAGGAGGGACAGACGUCCACGGCGAGGUCCUGCGGGAGGUGGAGAGGACCAUCCACGAAACCUGCUCCUCCUGCGUGACGGGCAUCUACGAGCUGCGGCAGCAGCGGGAAGAGGACCAGGACCGCAUGCGGGCUCUGGAGAAGCUGGUGGCCUCCGUGGACCAGCGGAACCGGGAUGCCGUGGACACCGUCCGGCAACACGUGAGCCGCCUGGCCUCCCAGCCGCCCGAGGAAUGCUGCGCCCGGGCGGAGAGCAGGGUCAGCGGGAUGGAGCAGCGCCUCAAUGUCAUCACGGAGGCCCUCUCCACCCUCAGCGAGCACCUGGCCGGGCGGAGGACGCCUCCGCCACCUCCGCGGAGCGUGGACCAGCGCAUGUCGGAGGUGGAGAGCCGCGUCAACACCACGCAGCGCAGCCUGGAGGAGCACUUUGGGGACCUCCAGGCCAUGCUUGAAGGGGCGGGCGAGCGGCUGCGCCGUGCCGAGGGUCAGCUGGACUCAGUAUUCUCCCGCCUGAACGACUUCCAGAGCCACGUGGGGCGGGCGCUGGCCAACCUGUCGAGGGACGUGGGUGCCCUGAAGGACAGCAGCCUGCAGCAGCAGGGGGCCCUGGAGCGGGUGCACAGCACCGUCCACGCCUGCACGCAGAUCUGCGCCCCUGUGGGCAACCAGGACUCUCAGAUCAGCACCAUUCUGAGCGACCUGGAGAGGAGGCUGCUUGACACUGAGGGACAGCUGCGCAUCCUGGGCAGCAACCUCCACCAGCUGGACAUCUCGGGAAAGUUGCGCAGCCUGCAGGGACUGGUGGGCUCCCACAGCGACGCCCUCAGCAGACUGGCAGGGGAGGUUGGCGAGCUGGAGAACCGCGUGGUGGUCUCCGUCAGUGCCGGGCCCCCCGAGCUGGUUCUGCAGGCCAACCGGACCCAGCAGCGUCUGGAGGAGCUGGAGAAGGAGGUCCGGGGGCUGGAGCAGCUCUCCUGUGGACAGGAGUGCGCCGAGCUGCGAGAGGAGGUGGGCCAGCUGCGGUCUGAGGUGGAGGUCUGCCAGGCUGCCUGCCAGCCUCCCGGGCGGCGCCCUGAUCUGGGCAGUGGCGGCAAGGAGUCAGGGGACGCCUCCCGGCCGCUGGACGGCUUCAGUGUGAUCGGGGGCAGCUCUAGCGUCCACCUGCAGUCCUUGCAGGGCGAGCUGUCGGAGGUCAUCCUGGGCUUCAGCUCCCUGAACGAGACGCUGGCCGGGCUGCAGGCCACCGUGGAGAAACACCAGACGGAUAUCCACGAACUGGGCACCACCAAGGACCACAUCAUCGCCGAGAUCAACCGGGUGCAGCAGGAGGUGACGGAGCACGUCAGCGAGAGCGACGAGCGCUUCCAGGUGCUGGGCCGCGAGGUGCAGCGCUUUGGGGGCGCCCUGCGCGUGGAGGCCUCCGACUGCCGGAGGGCUUCCGGGGGGCUGGCGGAGAGGCUGGCCAAGCUGGAGGGGGCGUGCGAGAGGCUGGACACGGUCUCCGGGAGCCUGCGCAAGAUCAAGGAGGGGCUGGACAAGCACGUCUCGGCCCUGUGGGGCUGCCUGCGGGACGUGAACGGGACCCUGCAGACCCACGGAGCCCUCCUGGACAAGAUCCACGGCAGCCAGCUGGGCACCAUCCACCGCCGGCUCAGCACCCUCAACGGCUCUCUCCAGACCUUGCAGGGGCAGCUGCACGGAUUCACCCUGCAAGACUUCACAGGACCUCGAGGGCCCCCUGGACCAGAGGGCCCCAUGGGGAAGCAGGGGGCCAUAGGCCCAGUUGGUCCCCCGGGCAAGGACGGAAGGACCGGCUCUGUGGGGCCUCCAGGUCUCCCCGGAGAACAAGGUCUGCCUGGGCCACCCGGAACGACACCCAAGGUCUCCUUCACUGCAGCACUGACCGCCCGCCACGUGGAGACGGGGACCAUCGCCUUCGACCGGGUGCUGCUGAAUGACGGGGACUCCUACGACCCGAAAUCUGGAAUCUUCACCGCUCCGUUUCCUGGCCGCUACCUGGUCAGCGCCAUCCUGACCGGCCACCGGGGGGAGAAGAUCGAGGCGGUCCUCUCCCGCUCCAACCAGGCCAUUGCCCGCAGCGACUCGGCCGGCUACCAGCCCGAAGGCCUGGAAAACAAGCCGGUGGCCGAGAGCCAGCCCAGCACUGGAGCCCUGGCCGUCUUCACCCUCGUCGUCCCCAUGGAAGCUGGAGAAACUCUCUGCGUGGACUUGGUCUCCGGCCGGCUGGCCCGCUCCUCGGACGAGCCACUGACUGUAUUCAGUGCAGCCCUGCUCUAUGAGGACGACCUGGGGGUCUAGUUGUCUUCUGGGCUGGGAAAGGGGGCUGGCUGAAGCAGCGCCUCCGUCCAGCCUGGGAAGGGAGAGCUGAGGACCCCUCCACACUGCCCUCUUGCAGCCCCAGCCAAGCCUCCCCUCCUCCCACCUCUGGGCCACCCAGCAUUUGGGCCAACACCACAGGGAGGGCGUCCCUUCUCUCGCUGGCACCCCCUGCCCCUUGGCCUCUCU